AUGCCAGAAUAUACAGCACUCACACAGUCCGAUCAAGGACCUCGCUCUACGAGUUCUACUACAAUAGCGAUUGAUGAUUCCGCUACAAAAAUUUGCUUCAACCUUUCUAACUACUGUUUUGAAGCCCCGGCCAUCGAUGCCAUUGAAUAUUUGACCGGGAACCUCUAUGAUACAUACUCAAAUGGAGAUAAAUACAUUGGACCACCCACUGCGGAACGAGAACAAAGUUGGAGAGACCUUUGGCAACAUGAAGCCACCAUGGUCGAAAACUGGGCGAUGCCAAUCUUAAAUCGCACCGACCCGGAGCCAUAUGAAUCGGUUAAAUCGGAUGGAAAGGAGGGUUUUACAGCCAUAUCCAAAGUCUACCAUCAGCUCGGGUGUCUCGACUUAAUCCGUCAAUAUACCUGGCUCCAGGCAGGGAAAUAUCCACAACAUCUAAUCUCGUUGGAAAUGCAGAAGCCAGCAGACGAGAUGCGCGGUUAUAUCAAUCGAUGCAUUGAAGAUCUGCGUAUCAGCCUUCUCUGUUACAGCGAUAUGACGCCGCUACUUGUCACGAAGGAGCGAGACCUAGCCUCGGGGUUCAAGGUGGAAUUAAAUAGCCAUUAUAAGUGCCGGAACUUUCAGAAAUUGCAAGAAUGGACCAACUCGCAUGGGGUUGAGCAUUGGGAGAAACACGACGAAUUCCACCAACACGACCGGCUGUAA